GAUUUCCUAAUUCCUAAUUCCUCUCUCUCUCAAAUUCGUUUUUCUUUUUCUUCCGAUCAGAGCAGAGAUAUGUCGUCUAAGGACAAGAAACCGGCGAAGCCAACAAGUGGUCGGACUGGUGGUAUCCGUACACUUUCCGAUCUGAACCGAAGAUCAGAGCCUGAUUCCGAUAGUGACUCCGAUGGACCUCAAGAGUACUACACCGGUGGCGAAAAAAGUGGUAUGCUUGUUCAGGAUCCUACAAAAGAACCAAAACACGAUGAUGUUGAUGAGAUAUUCAAUCAAGCAAGACAACUAGGAGCUGUGGAAGGACCUCUUGAGCGUCCUUCAAGUUCUAGAAGCUUUACUGGAACCGGGAGAUUGCUUUCAGGAGAAAGCGUGCCAACGGCUCUUCAACAGCCUGAGCCUGUGAUUCACAAUAUUAUUUUCUGGUCUAAUGGAUUCACUGUAGAUGAUGGACCUUUGAGGAAGUUGGAUGAUCCAGAGAAUGCAUCUUUUCUUGAUAGCAUUCGAAAGUCUGAAUGCCCGAAAGAGCUUGAGCCUGCUGAUAAAAGAGCUCCGGUACAUGUUAAUCUUAUGAGAAGAGAUGAGAAAUGCCCUGAGAAAGAGAAACUUAAGGUUGCAUUUCAAGGAGUUGGAAGGACUCUUGGUGGUGCAAGCUCAUCAGCAGCUUCAAGCCUAGACAACCUAACUGAUGUAGCAGCGGUUUCAUCACCGUCACAGAGCCUUGUAGUAGAUGAAACACUUCCAUCCACAUCGAUCCAGCUUAGACUCGCGGACGGGACACGCAUGGUAGCUAAGUUCAACAACCAUCACACGGUCAACGACAUUCGUGGUUUCAUUGAGUUUUCUCGACCAGGGAAUCCAAUGAACUACACCCUUCAGGUCAUGGGGUUCCCACCAAAGCCACUUACUGACCCUUCUCAGACCAUUGAUCAAGCCGGUCUCGCAAAUUCUGUAGUCAUUCAGAAAUUCUAGAAACUUUCGUUUCUUUUCUUCUUCUUCUAUUCAUAUGUAUUAGAGAGAGAUUUCAACAACUUGGGAUUGUACUGAAAAUAUUCAUAAAAAUGUUCAAUCGACUUAUUGUGGCAAGAGAAAUGAAAACAUCAUAUGGUUUCUAUGUUU